AUGUUCAAUAGAGUAGGUCGUGCUUGUUAUAGCACUGGUGUCACACAAGAGUUCUUGCAGAACAUUUUAGCUCGAGCUCAAGAGGCAACUGCAAAGAAAACCGAUGCUGUAGCUAAUCCCGCUAAAAGAAGAAGGGAUAAUGUGAAGAAGGCUAGUCGUCGUUCCAAACCAGUUGCUCCUCGUGUGAAACCUGCUGCCAGUCCUAGUGUUAUUAACAAGCAGCCUCAAUUUAAGAAGAAAAAUGGAGCUGCAAUGAAGGGUGAGUCUGAAGGAGUUGAUCUGAUAGAUGUCAUGUCAGGCUCCAAACCACGUACGAAUAAGAAACCUGGGUUUAGACAAUCUAAGAGGGAAAUUCCUGGGAUGAAGAAGAGUACAAUGAUCAAGGGUGAAAGCAAACAAUUCGUCCCCAAGCCAGUUGUUCAAAAGGAAUAUGCACCACAGGAGCCUACGCCGUUGUCAUUGAUGAGGUUCUGUCCUGAUAUACCCGUAACGCCAGCGUCUAGGAUGAUUAAUUAUUCUUUGGAUGCUCUGAAGUCAGCCAACUAUCCUUUGAACAGAUUCCCCAAUUACGGAUUUUACGAUAACGCCCAGGGGCCUCCAAAGCAUAUCACAAUUUCAUUACAUACUCCAAAUUUCGGGAGGUAUCAACCGGACCAGGGGUUGGUCUUUGAAAGAGAGAAAUUUCUAUCAGAGUUAGCCGUAGAGUGUGAACCUUCGAAAUUGGCAGCUGAAGUAUCCGGUAAAUAUCAAAUUUUGAAGCAGCACAAUAAGGAAGAUUUUAAGUCAAUUGCUAAGUCUGAGAAGAAAAGAGAGGAAUUGGUGGCUAAUGGAGAGGUUGUCAGAAAGAGUUUGGAAAGCAAUCCUUUGGACCCAGCUGUUAAAGAAUUAUUGUAUGAUGUCUGUUCUGGUUUGAAGCCAAUUUCAGACUUGACCCAGUGA